AUGGCGAACCCACAGAAAACAUGGGAGCUUGAGAACAGCGUCAAGCUUGUCGACCCUCAUCGCGACGCCCUCUACACCUACGACGUUGACGAACAGAAAGCUAUUAAUGAACAAAAACCAUGGAGGAAAGAUCCCCACCACUUCAAACAUGUUCGCAUUUCCGCGAUCGCCCUAUUAAAAAUGGUCAUGCAUGCCCGCUCAGGUGGUUCAAUAGAAGUGAUGGGCUUAAUGCAAGGCAAGAUUGCCGGUGACACAUUCAUAGUCACAGACGCGUUUCGAUUACCAGUCGAAGGCACAGAAACAAGGGUAAACGCAGCAGACGAGGCAAAUGAGUACAUGAUUCAAUACACAAGUCUAGGUCGAGAGAACGGCCGGGCGGAGAAUGUGGUGGGGUGGUAUCAUAGCCAUCCAGGCUACAGUUGCUGGCUUUCAGGUAUUGAUGUCACGACGCAAGAUGUGCAGCAGUCAUUUCAAGACCCUUUCCUUGCUGUGGUGAUUGAUCCAGAUCGCACAAUAUCUGCUGGGAGGGUGGAAAUUGGUGCAUUCAGGACAUUUCCGAAAGAUUACAAGCCACCUAGUUCAGGGGAGGAUGAUGGGUAUCAGUCAAUACCACUCAAUAAGGUGGAGGACUUUGGUGCACAUGCUAGCAGAUACUACUCGCUUGAGGUGUCGCACUUCAAGAGCACGCUGGAUACACAUCUUCUUGAUUUGUUGUGGAAUAAAUACUGGGUAUCGACCCUGAGUCAGAGUCCUCUGUUCACCAAUCGAGAGUAUGGGAGCAGGCAAAUGCUCGACUUGAGUCAGAAAAUCACAAAUGCCGCUUCUACCGUGAGUUCCAAUCGUGGUUCUCAACGAAGCAAUGUCAAGGACCCGCAGCUUGAGAAGGUCAUCAAGGAUAGCAAUAAAAUUGCUGGCGAAGAGAAGACUGGGCUACUUGCAAGUGAGGUAAAAGCGAAACUUUUCAAUGGACUAGGUCAAGCUGGGAAUAGAUAG